UGAAGCAGCCCGGCGACUUCAGAGGCGCCGGCGUCCCCGCCGCACCUGAGCGCGGGCCGAGCCGGCCGCGAUGCUGUAGGGCCGCCUGGCCGCCCGCCGGACCGUUAUCCGCGGCGCCGCCGCCCGCCGGCACCAUGCCGCGCUCCUUCCUCGUCAAGAAGCAUUUCAACGCCUCCAAAAAGCCCAACUACAGCGAACUGGACACACACACAGUGAUCAUUUCCCCAUAUCUCUAUGAGAGUUACCCCAUACCUGUCAUACCACAACCAGAGAUCCUCAGCUCAGGAGCAUACAGCCCCCUCACCAUGUGGACUACAGCAGCUCCAUUCCACUCCCCACUACCCAGUGGCCUCUCUUCUCUGUCUGGAUAUGCCUCAUCCUUGGGGCGAGUGAGUCCCCCUUCUCCAUCUGACACCUCAUCCAAGGACCACAGUGGCUCAGAAAGCCCCAUUAGUGAUGAAGAGGAAAGACUCCAGUCCAAGCUUUCAGACCCCCAUGCCAUUGAAGCCGAAAAGUUCCAGUGCAAUCUAUGCAAUAAGACCUAUUCAACUUUUUCUGGGCUGGCCAAACAUAAGCAGUUGCACUGUGAUGCCCAGUCUAGGAAAUCUUUCAGCUGUAAAUACUGUGACAAGGAAUAUGUGAGCCUGGGCGCCCUUAAGAUGCACAUUCGGACCCACACCUUACCUUGUGUCUGCAAAAUCUGUGGCAAGGCGUUUUCCAGACCCUGGUUACUUCAAGGACACAUUAGAACUCACACUGGGGAGAAGCCUUUUUCUUGCCCUCACUGCAACAGAGCAUUUGCAGACAGAUCAAAUCUGAGGGCUCAUCUGCAGACCCACUCUGAUGUAAAGAAAUACCAGUGCAAAAACUGCUCCAAAACCUUCUCCAGAAUGUCUCUUCUGCACAAACAUGAGGAAUCUGGCUGCUGUGUAGCACACUGAGUGACGCAAUCAAUGUUUACUCGAACAGAAUGCAUUUCUUCACUCUGACUCCAAAUGAUAAAUAAAGUCCAAAGGCAUUUUCUCUUGUGCAUACCGACCAAAUAAUAUGUAUAGACACACACACACACACACACCGAAAGCUACAACAGCAUGGAAUCCAUGUGUUUAAAGUUAAUCCUUUCCAUGUGAAGUUUAAAAUUGCUAUAUAUUUACGAAUAGCUAAAUAGAGAGGAUAAAAGACAAGGAUCUUUCUCUUCAAAAGUGAAGCAAAAAUCACAUUCUAUCUUUUUUUCUACUAAGAAAAAAUGCAAAGAUUUACAUUGCUGCCAAAUCAUUUCAACUAAAAGGAACAGUAUUGUUUUUUAAUAGAAUUUGUAAUAGAAUUUCUUAUAGUAAGAGAAUCUGCCAGACACUAUCUCAGGUGCCUUAUGAACUACCCAAGUUUACUUCAUUAUAUGUCUAAUGUCUGGUUGCAAUUGUUGAACUAAAGCUUUUUUUGAUUACCUGUAAUGCUUUAAACUGUAUUUUAAGGAGAGAGAGGAAAAAAGUACAAGAACAAAACACAGAAGACUGUAUUAAAAGUGGUUUUUGUUUUUGUUUUGCCAAUAACCAGCAUGUGCCUUGGUGGAGGAGGGAAAGCUGGGUUUAAACAUUCCUGGUGCACGCUCCAUGUCUUAUUUUUUUAAAUAAUUUUUAAUGGUUUUCUAAAAUUAAUUAAAGAUGGGAAUAAGUGCAAAAAAGGAUUCUUAGAAACUCAGUAAUGUACUGAAACUAUCUUAAAUGCAUACAACAAAUGCAAUCUAUACAGCAUCCUUUCCAAGUGCCUUAAUCAUAUAAUUGCUGAGUCAAUGUAAAUUUGUGUUUAUUUUUAUAUGAUUGAAUGAAUUUUGUAUGAAAAUGAGAUGUGUUUUUUUUUAUAGUUAAUGCAUAUAAAGAACCUGAACAAUUGUGAAAUUCUGUUUCUUUUUUAAAAAACAAUUUUCAAGGUCCUUUUUUACAAUAAACAUUUUUGAUU